GGGAACGAUCGGACGCACAGCACCCAUGCCGCAGGGGAACGCCUGGCUCCUCAUCAUCACUGGCACCCCCCACUUGGAUGAAUACGAACCCAACACCAUGCUGGCAGUCGAGGGGGAUAAGUUCAUGAUAGAACUCACGAGCCGAGGAUGGAGACUUACAGUCGAGCAUCCAACAUCUCUCCCAGCCCGAGACCAACGUCCCCCCACCAAGAAGCCCAAGCAUGUCAACACACCGAACAGGGGCGAGGAUGCCAGAGAGCCCCCCAACACAGAUGCAGCAACGGCAGCCAGCAGCAACGAGCCGGAGGGGACCACAACAGCCACCACCCCCACAGACACCACUCCUCCCGUGGAACACACAACAAACACCCACGACACGACAACAGAACAAGCAGAAGCAGCACAGUCGGCAGCGCGGGACGACGACACCCCAGUCCAGUGGUUUGAAGAGGUGGAGGACUCCCCACCACACGUGCCUCUGUCUGAGAACUCCCAGGCGGAGGUUAGUCAACUCGGUGAGGGCAGGUGGCACUUGGCGAUUCGAGCCGAUAAAGGAGUCCUAGAAUUCCUCACGGAGGACCUUUGGGUCCUGACCAUCGAGCUUACUCCCCCCCAUCCCAAUUAUGAGCAAGAAGACACUGCAGCCCUCGUGCAAACAUACGCGACCACCAGACCCACAACAACUGAAGCCUCACAAAGCGAGGAGCUUGCAGCAGCGACCUCAGCCACGCAGCAGCAAACACCCACAACACCCAUCGAGACACCACCCGCAGACGCGACCUUGACCAUGCAGCCACCGGUCGCAAUCACUAGCAGCAGCAGCAGCAAUGCCAGCAGCGGAGCUCACCUGGUCUCCCUCCGAACGCCGACCCCCCCAACGCAAGACGGGGAACCACCAGCGCAAACGGGGGAACCGAGCUCAGGAGGCAGCGACCGCAGACCCAUGACGCGCUCGUGGCAACGGGUCGAACAAAAGCUCGUUGAGAUCCGAAGGAUCGCAGAGCAGCACGAGGGGUCGCAAGCAGAAGCGAUCGCACAAGCAGCAGACACAGCACUGAUCGAUCUCCUGGUGGACACCCCCACCGCCGUGCAACUUGAAGCGGGGGAGCAACACCCCGUGCCACAGGAGACGACAAAAGCAGCAGCAGCUAUCAGUGCAGCACAACAGCUCAGUAGUUUAGCCAAGAGCCUGCUAGGUAAAAGGGGGAGCGUAGUUGUGCCCUAUGCCAUGGUUUCCUCCCAAGUCGCUGCCCUGAUAGAAUGGGUGGAGACCUUGGAUCGGGGGAGUAUCGCAGUGCAUGUGCAACUCCCUCCCGUCCUCACACCGCUCCGUGAGAUCCUCGACCAGAUGUUGCAGGGCCAGCCGGGGGACGCUACAACCUGGGCGCGACUGGUCGCCGUGGCGGAAGCCUUUGAGGCACUGAUCUCGGGGGACACCCUGACACACCCGGCAGACGUGCUGGGACAGAGCCAGGGGGGAACAGCUUCUCCACUACUAUGCGCUGAUGGUGUGGCACCGGAGUGGUACAACGCGGUCGAAACACUGCGGGGACUGCUGCAACAGAUUCCCCACUGGCCCACGCGAGUCCUACCGACGAUCCAACAAGCUGCUGUCAACCUGGUUCGGGGGAUCGCCAUGGCCACCCCGGAACAGCACCAAGGAGGCCCGGGGGAAUGGACGCCUGACCAGUGGUGGUAUGCAGAAAGACACCAUGGGCUGGGGGACGCGGCACGCUCUGCAGCGGGGGCCAUGCAGUUUGCAGACGAAGUGGGGCUCCCGGGAGUGACAGACCACCGCCUGUACAACUUCGAGUGGGGGUACACUGGGGAGAAGAAGUGCAACUCGUCAAGAAAAGACCGCUGGCUGGGGGAGCCGAAACACCAGCGACGGAGAAAGAAGGGGGAGUACUACAUCCACGAGGAUCUGCAUUACCAGAGGGCAGCGCGAUUGUUUCCGGCCUUGGCCAUCCUAAGUCCCGAGACGGUGCGGCCAACAGCAGUGCAGGCACUGGCGGCGGAGUUCCACUGGUCUGACACAUUUCAAGGCCGUGCACCACUCGCCGAGGCGCUCGUGGAAAAGGCUGCAAUCCAUCCGUCUCCACAAUCUAAAGGGCCUGCACGUGAUCUACCCGCAUCGGCCAUUCUGGAGCAGCCCUUCGGUGAUGUGCCGCCUCUGCGAAAGAGCCCGCAGGCUUGCCCGCUACACACGGCGACUAUCCUUCAAUGGCUGGGACUCGGCUCCACGCAGGUGCAGGUGCGCUCCUUCAAGGCCAUCCAACAGGAGGCCGAGGAGAGUCCCAGCAGCGAAGAAAGUCCCGGGCGUGGGGACAGGCAUCCUGUGAUGCUCUCCAAUGGGCUGCUGGUGUAUUGGCGCUGCGCUGAUGGCGAGGGCAGCUCGUUGCGGGACAGCGGGGGGUGUGGCCGACCAGGAACCCUCGCGCGGGGAAGCAGCUGGCAAGGGCCCCUGAGCCCUGAUGAUCCUAUGGAGCCAACAGACGAGUGGGGACAGGUGCUCUUGCCCAAUUUCGCUGUCCAGCUGAGCCAAGCUGAGCUAAGCUAUACUGCUUCCAGCAUCAGCGAUCGUCAGCAGCUCGCCCUUGUUGGCAGUGCACGCGGUCGAGAGCAGGUGCAAAGCAACAGCGACCGCGGCGAUGAGGCUCCCAUCCCAGGGUGGACUGUCGAGCUUUGGCUGCGGCUGACCACAAGCUCAGCGGAGGAUCUUUGCGUUGUGCGACGUGGCCAUGCCGAGCAGUACUGGUCACUACAUUACAGGCCCAGUCGUCCUGGUUUUCUUCUGUCGGCUUCUGGGCAGUCUUCUCCAAUCUUGGAAGGGGAUUGUGAACCCCUACCUCUCGGCGAAUGGAUUCACAUUGCAUUGAGGUGUGACUUGAGCUUGUUGGAGGUGUGUCUGGAUGGCCACACGGUCAUCAGUUGUACCAAAGCCCUGCCUCCUGCACCGCUGGAGGCCAGCAUUUCGUUCGGCCCUGCUGCCCUGGAUGUCACUGAGGUACGGGUGUGGGGUGCCUACCGUUCUGACAACGACCUUGUGCAGUUUCAACGCCAAUGCCUGGAUACGGUGCUUAGCAGUGAGCUUCGGGGCGAAGCGUGGAAGAAGGUGAAGAUUCGUGCUGCGGCUGGAGUUGCCAGCGACCAAGGUGACAACUUCGGGCUCUGGGACAUCUCCAACCUUCCGCAAACUGGAGGUGGUCGCAGCCGAAAGACCGUGGAGGACCAGGCUGGACAAGUGCAGACGGUUCAGAGCUCUUGGCCCACCGGCUUCGGAGGUUUUGACUCUCCGUCGGUGGGCGUGUGGCCUCAAGCCGCUGAUGCUGGCGCUUUCGCAGACGGUGCUGGUUUCGAUGGCUCCUGGCCUGGAUUUGACCCAGGCACUCAAGGAACAGGAACCAAGCAGUCUGCAUCAGAGGAGAUGAACCCGACGCCGCGGGCAUCAAGCCCUCGAUUGUCGAAGGCAGGGCAGGGCUUCGUGUCACCAAAGUCGCCGAUUCCACCAGCCGCCUCCUCGCCGACGCCGUGGAAAUCCAUAGCACCGCCAACAGCAUCUUCGCCACCUGUUUCCUACCAGGAGUCCUUCAAGCCGAGCACUGCCACCCCCACAGCUACGCCAGCUACGCCAGCUACGCUUCCACUCGUUGGCCGACUCAUGCAAGGCAUCCUGGCAAAAAAGAAGGUCGAAGAGGACCCACCCGUCAAGUUUGGGGGCGGGGUUGUCCACGAUCGCUAUGAGACAGCCUGGAACAGGCUCGGAAAGCAGCGGCUGACCGCCUGUCGUGUCUCGGCACAGCAGUUUGCUUGA